CACUAGAGUCGAACUUUACAAUAAUGACAGAUCUGUCAUAAGUUAAAAAAAUGAGGUUAGAAUAUUUAAAAAAUAUAUGAAACCGAAAAAAUAAUUAAAAUGUUUGUUCUAAGAACUUUAAGAGGUGUUUCAAUUACUUCCAGUAAAUCUGCAUAUAGUUCAUUACCUAAAAAAUCAUUUUCUCUAGCUUCCCUUACUGUAAAUAAAAAUUUAUCCAACAAUGAACGACUUAACCUUACAAAUCCUCCAAUUUUUUCUCAAUUUAGAACUUAUGCAAAAGGGAAGGAUAAGAAAAAAGAAAAGGGUAAAACAAAAGUUGUAGUUAACGAAACCCAACUCACCGAGUAUAUCAACAUUGAUUCUAUGAAAAAGCAGAUGGAGCGCGUUAUAGAACAAUUAAAGGAUGAUUUUAUUAAACAUUUAUCACUUAGGUCCACUACAGGUUCAAUUGAAACGAUUCCCGUAUCGUUAGAUGGCAAAGAGCAUACUUUACAAGAAUUGGCUCAAAUUGUUAGAAAAAACACCAAAACGAUUGUCAUAAAUAUGGCUUUGUUCCCGCAGGCCAUACCUGCUGCUUUAAAAGCAAUGGAGAAGUCAGGAAUGAACUUAAAUCCACAACAAGAUGGGACUACUUUGUAUGUACCGAUACCCAAGGUGACUAAAGAACACAGAGAGAGCUUGACCAAAAACGCCAAGCAGCUUUUUGUGAAAUGUAAAGACGGCAUAAGAGACGUUCAAAUAAAAUACGUAAAACAGGUUAAAAAGAAAGGCGAUCUAUCUCAAGACAUCGGAAGGAACAUUGAAGCUCAAGUAAUUUCAAUUGCCGAUGGUUACAUUACCCAAGGCGAAAAAAUAUUCGAAAGCAAAUGUCAGGAGUUAAUUGGCAAGGAAUGAAUUAUUGAAUAGUUAAAAUGUUGGUUUAUGAAAAAAAGAUUAAAAUAUUGUAUAUAGAUCGGAUAGAAGAUACGUUUCUGAAUUAUAUAAGACUAAAAAUGUAGCGAACAAAUUUUUUCCAAUAAAGUUUUUUG